UUAGAAAAUAAAGAAAAGAAGAUAAGAGAGAUCCAAAGAGAUAAGAAUAACAUUAAAGUUCAAAGUUCAAACCCAUGUCUCGGUAUUGGUAUGACGACGAAUUGACUUUAAAAUUUUCUUCCCUUCCCUUCUUCUUUGGUCAUCUUUUGUCAAAUUCGUUUCCAUCAUUACACAAAAAGCAUGGAACUUCAAGUCCUUGUUCGUCCAAUCUUCUUCUUCUUCCUCUUGACAAGUUUACAACAAUCUUCUUCUGCUCGGAUUCUUAUAAUCUCUAAGCCUGAUAGACACGACUACGCCGCAAGUGCUCGUUGGCUUGUCUCUCAGAAUUCUUGGGGUGUUCUUAGCACACUAUCCGUUGAUCAUGAAGGCGCUCCCUUCGGGAAUGUUGUAUCGUUUAGUGAUGGUUUACCCGAGAAAGGCAGCGGUAUACCAUACUUUUACUUAACAACUCUUGAUCCAACUGCAAGAAACGCACUAAAAGACCAGAGAGCUUCACUCGCAAUCAGUGAAUCUCCCGUUGGAACUUGUAAAAGAGAUCCAAUGAAUCCUACUUGCUCUAAACUAACCCUUACCGGAAAGUUACUGAUAUUGGAUGAAGCAUCUGAAGAAGCAGAAGUAGCCAAAAAAGCUUUAUUCACAAAGCAUCCAGAGAUGAUAGAUUGGCCUGAGGAUCAUGAUUUCCGCUUUUUCAAACUCGAUAUCAUCGAUAUAUUUCUGAUCAAUUGGUAUGGUGGAGCUAAACCUAUCACUGUAGAUGAAUACCUUCAUGCCAAGUUGUAAGUACAAUGCGUGAACCCUUUUAAAAACAUCGGAUCAAAGUCGCUUCCUUUUUAUAACAACUCACCGGAAUCAAGCAAAUGGUGAAGCAAGAAGAUGUAUAUUGGAUACACAAUAAAAUGUGUGUAAUUAUUUCUGUAAAUGACUCUUUGUUUUGGACAUGAUAGAUUUUAAAAUCUCCUGUAAAUUACCACAAAGCAAUUUCAAGGUAUCAAUGGAUAAAACUUGCAGAGUGUACAUUUA